GCAACACCGAGCUUGAGGCUGAAACGGGGAGGUCUGAACGAACUGGAAUCGAGUAUCUAAAAAUUCACGCAAAGAUACUUACAUGAAUAGCAGUUAUGGAUAGACCACCACCUGGGCCAGCUCCAGGAAAGACUGCCCCCCGACUCAUCCUUGAUCUCCUCAACUAUGAUCCGAAGAAGAAUUAUAGCAAGAAUCUACUGGCAGACCCGGCGCCGAAAUGGAGGAAAGGGCUUUGGGAUGCGCCACAUCCUCAUGCAUGCCGGCAUGCUCUCAUGAGAAAGGAGCAAACACGGGCCCCGGCAUCCAACGACGAGCAACCAGACGCUGGAACCUCAUAUUCGGUUGCAACAUACUGUAAUAAAUGCCGACUUCAUUUCAUGAUCAAUGUGGACUACACGCGACAGAACGACUUCCAGAUACCGUGCAGACGGUCGGACAAGGACAGCCCCUUGCACCACUUUCUACUUCAAGAGUCUAUAUCUGGCAAGGAGUUUAGGGAGAGGUUUGGCAUCAAUAAGUAUGACCACCUGAUUGAGGGCCAUCGAUGGGCAUGUUCCGGGUCGAAUUGUCCCGCGGUUCUAGAAAUUCGGAUAUCAUCACCGCGACUUGGUAAAUCCCUUGUGGACAUGAUCACCGACAGACAGAAACUUGAGGCGCGAGGCCGGAAAGAAAUCGCUCGGGAUCCUGCGAGAUAUCAGGGGAUCGCGCCAGUUGGACCUGUUUCGUCUCUGUGGUACCUGCGGUCGUAUCUCACUGAUGCUAAGGACGCCAAAGAUUCGGCCAGCCUCAAGAAAAUUGCGAAGCGGAACAAGAAGUUCGUCAUGGCUUUUGGAACUGAGUGUAACGACCUCUUCGAGACUCUCGGGUUCACAGAGAUCGAAGAGCCUGCUGAAGCACCCGAGGAGGGUACGAAUGGAUUCUGGCAACUGCCUGUCGUGACAAGUGAUAACAUCACGUUUUUUGAAGAUGUCAUCUUUGAGAUCGAUGUCCUGAUGCAGAAUCUACCGCUGUCGGAACAGAACCCUGCAUAUAUGAGAGUUAUGAUCAGACCAGUUCCGGCACUGAAGGACAUUGAGAGGAGUCUCGGCUACUUUGAUUAUCCGACAAGAUCCAGAACUAUUGAUCUCGUCUCGGAAGAGCACCCAUACUACAAGAGCCUAGGAGCUGUCGAGACCUUCAACGACGAAUAUCUCAGUUGGGCUUAUGAUCGACAGUGCUCAUGUGAUCCGGCAAACAAACCAUACUACUUCGAUUGCUUGGAGGAUCUCGCAAAGGGCCGCGGAAGUCCGGACCUCCAGAUGAAGGUGACAAUGGCCGUUUCUUUGGGCGAGUAUGGAUUGAAGCAACUGGAAGAUUCCUUUAAAUUUUUCGGCUUAGAUCCGGCAACAAAGGAAGGCGAUGACCACAUCAUGGGCGUUUAUAAGUCUCGUAUUGCUUCAGCACCACGGCAGAAAGAAGAAGCCAAGGCCUGUCUUCUCAUCAUCGCCAAACACCGAAAGAGCGAGGCCAUCGAAGCUCUUGGAAAUGACAACACAAUGUCUUUCGAAGAAGCCCUUGAGUUCUUGGACGUGACAGCUACCACUGCUUCUGACAGCAUUGAAGCUGCUGCGAUUGCGAUGGCACUGGAUGGGGACAAAGCGAGGGUUGCACGCGCGUUGCGAGUGAUCGCCAACCAACGGCCAGAGGAUCUUACCCUUCAAAGAGCGGCGGCGCAGAUGGAGUCUGGGAAUGGGGCAUUUGCAUUGGACGUCAGUGAAGCAUAUAAUCGUUUACAGAUCGGAACCUCUGGGCCAAAUCUCCCCGACGAGACAGUGCUUACAUACUAUCAAAGUCUUUCAAGUGGAGCACCAUCUGGAUCCAAGGACAGUUUUGCUGAAGCUCUGCGCACCAUUGCCCUGCACCGCGACAGCAUCUUCUUGCUGAGAAAACUCGAUGAUCCUAAUGCGGUUGUGCACGCUAGUACAGCAGAACCAGUGGGCCUCGACAAUAUCGGAAACACCUGCUACCUGAAUAGCUUGCUCCAAUACUACUACACCAUCAAGCCCGUACGGGAAAUGGUUAUGGAUUUCGAGAAGCAUCGCAUGACCCUUAGUGAAGAUAACCUGAAGAUAAAGCGAGUUGGUGGUCGCAUUGUUGACAAGUCAGAAAUUAUAAAGGCGCAGAAAUUCGUUGGUGAACUUCACAACCUCUUUGAGAAUCUCAAGACGGCAUCAACGCGCUCCGUCAAACCUACGAAGGAAUUGGCCGAGUUGACGAUAUUCAGCUCCGAGAAGCAAGGAGAAUUUCUCGAGCGACGCAAAUCCAUCAGCAGCCCCUCCGGUCCGCCAAAUAUCGCCUCGAUCAUAGGAGCCCCUGCAUUCGGCCCUCACCUGCCUCCGGCACCUCUGACCCCGCCGUCAUCUUCGAAGACACCUGAGGACGAUAUUGAGAUGGUUGACAACCCGAGUGAUGACGUGGAGACCCGUGACGACAGCAGUGAGGCCACGCUUGUAGACAUGGACCAGGUUUCGGCCAGUGAGGACAAGAACUCCACCGCUGUGCCAGUAGCCCAUACACCUCUCUCAGACACAGGCACAGACGCCGACGCCGACGCCGUGAUGGUCAACGGUGGCGGCGAUGAUGAUGAGAUAGUGAAGCCAUCAUCUCCACCUGAGAAGCCUCCUCCAAUUCCCCCACGUAACAAAUCCGGACUUGUCAUUUCUACACAUGACAACAAAGACCUCGCGGCCGACGAUGAGCUUUGGAGAUUUGGAACACAGCAAGAUGUGACCGAGGUUAUCGGCAAUGUUACCUAUCGGUUGCAGUGUGCUAUCAAGCCAACCAGCUUCGAGGAAGGGUCUGGAGAGCAAAUCGAUGUGAUCAGAGACACCUUCUUCGGCACAAAUACCACGUACACCGAAAAAGGACAUACUACAGAGACCAAGGUGGAAGCCUGGCCUACUAUCAUUGCUUUCCCAGGCAAGGAAGGCGAUGUUCGGGACCUCUACGAAGCAAUUGAUGUUAUCUACGAUGAGCAGUAUGUAGAAGUCGAGAACAAGAAGUGCCCGCAACAUUUCUCGAUCAGCAAGCUUCCUGAAAUACUUCAAAUUCAGAUUCAACGGACUGAUUUCGACCCUGUGCGGCAAACCUCCUACAAGAAUCGCACGCCGGUCGCUUUCCCCGAAACCCUCUACAUGGACAGAUAUGUCGCUACCGAUGAUCCCGAAUCUGUCAUCAUGCGACGCCGUCGAGAGACAUGGAAGUGGAAGUCUCAGCUCCGCUUAUUAGAAGCCAGACAGGAAGCUUUGAAAAAUAGCAAGGAAGAAGUCAAUAUCCCGGAUGCUCUUCUUGCGGUGAAGGACUACAUCAAAGCGCUUCAAGAAGAAGAGAUAGAUGGAAUCGAAAUCGCUCCCGAGCUUCCUGACGCCCUGGAGGAUCGGAUCUCCCAAGUGGCCGAGGAGCUGGAGGAGAUCAGCAAGCACGUCAGCGCUCUUAAGAAGAGCCUCAAGGAGCAGUUUACUGACAUGCGUGAGCACGAAUACAAGCUGCAUUCCGUCUUCAUUCAUCGCGGUGAAGCCGGGGGUGGUCACUAUUGGGUCUACAUUUACGACUUCGAGCAUGACAUAUGGCGCGAAUACAACGAUGAACACGUCUCAGAAGUGAGGGAUCGCCGCAGAAUCUUCGAUCAGACAGGUUCUGCGGAAGGUACGCCCUAUUAUCUUGUGUACGUCAAGACACAGAGGUUACGGGACCUAGUGGAUGCUGUAUUCAGAGAAGUGCAGGAGGUCCCAAUUGAGUUAAAUACCUGGAAUGGACAAAUGGAUGGUAUUGUGAACGAGGUUGACGAGGAAGGCGAGGACGUACGACAUAUUGAGCAUGUCAAACCCCGACCACUUCGACCGAAGCCUCCAGUCAACGAGUGGGGUAUUACGAAUGAGCAAGCUCUCGAUGCAAACGGAAACACUUGGUAG